GCCCGACGUCCGCGUCGCCGUUCUGCGCCGCCGCCAUGGCCGACGUGGAGGACGGCGAGGAACCGUGCGUGUUGUCCUCGCACUCCGGGACUGCAGGCUCCAGGCCGGGGGGCGACAAGAUGUUCUCCCUCAAGAAGUGGAACGCGGUAGCCAUGUGGAGCUGGGACGUUGAGUGCGACACCUGCGCCAUCUGCAGGGUCCAGGUGAUGGAUGCCUGCCUUAGAUGUCAAGCUGAAAACAAACAAGAGGACUGUGUUGUGGUCUGGGGAGAAUGUAAUCAUUCCUUUCACAACUGCUGCAUGUCCCUGUGGGUGAAACAGAACAAUCGCUGCCCUCUCUGCCAGCAGGACUGGGUGGUCCAAAGAAUCGGCAAGUGAGAUGUGGUAGAAGACUCGGGUGAGGUUGGCGACCCUGGAUGAUCUUGCUGUCAAGUUACUGGACAAAGACUAGACACUCCAGUGGAUUAAGUCUUCAGAUAGAAAGACUGGUGUGCAGUCUUGAGAUUCAUCCAGGGCAUGGUUUAGCAUGUUUAAUUUUGAGAAAAUCUGUACAAUUAAGAUAAUUUAUUAAAAUGGCCUUUCCUACCUCUGGUGUGUGUCAUACAUACUGCUUAGGAGAGCUAAUAGAGGGACUGGAGAGAUGGCUCAGAGGUUACGAGCAUAGGCUGCUCUUCCAGAGGUCCUGAGUUCAAUUCCCAGUACCCACAUGGUGGCUCCAUGCCAGAACACUAUGUAUAAUAAAUAAAUCUUUAAAAAAGAAGAAGAGCUAUAAGAAAGAAUGCCAAAAA